ACACACAACGUACCCAAACAGUAAACACCAUUUUGAUAGCACACUCACUUCAAAAAUAGAUUAUUUAUAUAUAUAUAAUUAUAUCUUUGUGGGGAAGUGUACAAAAGUAGACAUGAAAUUGCGCAGCGGCCGAGAAAUCAACAAGGGGCCGAGUCGUGAUUCUGGCAACGCUGCUAAUGACGGCAACCCUGGCGGCAGUGGCAACGCUGGCGGCAGCAACGCUGCGCCCAGUUGUUCGAAUUUUGUUGUGAAUAACCAAAUGAUCAAAAGGCGGCCAAUUCGUCGCAUCACUCACAUUGGCCCACAGCAAAUGGCCCUGAUAACUGAGCGUCUGCUGAAUGGCGUGCCGGCUGAUGGUCUAUCAGCUGCCGAGAGCCUGCUACAGGAUCGCAAUUCAAAUCUAAAUUCGAAUCCAAAUACGGAUUCGGAAAUGGGCAUGGUUCAGGCGUUGCCAACCCAGUUGGCCCCAAGGACCAGAAGGCAGGCUAGAAACAGGGCUAACAGGAAUCUUGCUGCCGGCCAGCCAAUUGACAGCGUGACUGAGAUACGGAGCGACUCCAGUAGCCGCUCGGCCGAGACCCUCCAGCCAGCAGCAGCAGCAGCAGCAGCGACUGUUGCUGUGCCAAGAAAGAAACGUGGAGCACGUCGCAAUCAGAAACCGAAGCGUUUGCCCACCACAAGGCAGAGCAUGCGUUUCAUCAAGCACUUUUUAGCGCAGUGCGAAAAGAAUCCGACUUGCAAUCGCCAGCACCUGGCCGAGAUUGUCAAUAUCGUUAUCCGAUGGCCCCCGCUCAAGGCCCCAGCUCAGCCGGAUAAUGCUGAGAAUGCGCCGGAGGAUGUUCAUGAUGAAAAUUCGGAUGAUGUGACAGAUCCACCAACUCCACCCAACACUCCAUCCGACUCUCAAGAUUCAUAGCUGCAAAAUUAUAAAGUUAUAUAUAUAUAUAUAUAUGUAUUGUGUAUAUAUUUAUAUAAUAUCCCUCACCGUUAAAUAGUUUUUAAUUUCUCCAAUAAUUGCUUGUGUGUGUGUGUGUUUUGUCAAAAGUCAAGCGGAAACCGUUUCCAAUAAAUAGUGUGUAGACGAGA